AUGCCUGGGCUGAAGGUUGGAGGUUGGGAAGAGAGAGAAAGAGGUAGGGGUGGGGAAAAGUCGUGGGAAGCAGAAGAAGAAAGUGAUGAGCUCAUGUUAGAAAACAGGUGGUUGACUACGACAAACGAUCUUUUAAGGCAAGAGAAUGAUGACUUGCAGCAAAAGGUCAACCAAUUAAUAAGUGAGAACGAGCAUUUGCGGAAUCAAAUAUUGGACUUAACUACGCAUAUUACCACCUUUGACUUGGACCAACUGCUUGAAGCGUAUCACGCUGAGAUGGGCAGUAGCAGUACGCCAGCUGAGAACAGUGGCGGCGUUUUCUCACUGGCUGUGGAAAUCAGGAAUGAAUUCCUAGCUAAAGCUAUUGGAACUUCUAUUAUUUGGACCCCUGCUUCGGGGCUGAAGCUUGACAGUGCAGGUGUAUACGGUACUGUAUACACCCCUUCUACUUGCGUUGGAGUGGCAGCUAGGGCACGUGCUUCUAUAGCAGUUGACCCUUUUCAGACAGUUGAAAUGCUCAAGGACCGGCCUUCCUGGUCACGAUUUUGUCGUGGUAUGGAUGUUAUUGCCAAGCAUCACACAAAUGAGGGAAUUAUUGAGUUGAUCUACACCAAGUACUAUGCCCCGACUACCAUGGCUUUGGCUCGAUAUUUCUGGACAUUAAGAUACACUUCUAUUCUAGAUGAUGGAAGCUUGGUGGUAUGUGAGAAAUCAAUUUCUGGUUCUGAUGCUGGUGUAAAUUCUCCUUCUGCCCUUGAAUUUGUGAGAGGGAGGAUGCUGGCUAGUGGUUUUAUGAUUUGCCCUGGUCAGGGGGGAUCAACCAUACAUAUUGUUGAGCACUAUGAUAUGGAGGCAUCAUCUGUUCCAUUGGUGGUGCGCCCGCUUUACGAGUCAUCUGAACUUCUUGGGAAGAAGACAAUUGUUCCUGCACUUCUCUAUAUUGAGCAUAUGGCCAGUGAGACGAGUGGCAUACCAAGACCUUUUUGCCAUGAGAAUCAUGUUCUUUUGAGAUGUUUAUGCCUAAAACUUUCUAGGGGCUUCAAUGAUGCUGUCAAUUGUUUCUCUGAAGAUGGAUGGACAAUGAUGAGUGCUAAUUCUUCUGAUGAUGUUGUUAUGUCCACCAAGAGUGCCACUAAUCUCGGAGUCUAUGCAAAUUGUGAUAGUAUACUUUGUUUGAAAGCCUCUGUGCUGCUUCCAAAUGUUUAUCCUGUAAGCUUGGUGAAGCUUCUGACGGAGUGUCGUUCGGCUUGGAUGGGUUUCAACUUCAAUGAACAUAUGGUAGCUUCAAGACCUGCUUCUUAUGCAUUUCCAGGACAUGAUAUUUAUCAUGUGUCUGAAUUUUCUUCACUGCUUUGCCAAAUCAAUAAUGAGGAUGAGGCGCUGGAAAUAAUUCGUUUGGACUGCGCUGACCGCCAGCGAAAUUACUAUUCAGUGGAUUUUAAUCAUUUGCAGCUGAACAAUGGAAUGGCGGACAAUGGCUUUGGAGCUUGCUCAGAACUAAUCUUUGCACCAAUUGGCCUAACUACUCCUAAUGAUGCUCCUUAUUUAUCAUGUGGAUUUCGAAUCAUCUUGUUGGGUUCAGAUACAGAAAGCAGUAGCUCCCCUAUGUCAAUGCUGGUUCUGGCGUUUCAGUUUCCUUACGAAACCCAACAUCUGGAUGAAAUUGCAGUUGUGGCUAGUCUAUAUGUGAAGUAUGUUGUUUCCUGUGUGAAAAUUAUUUCCGGUGAAGUAGCUUACUCAGCAUUCUGUCCUAAUGUGAACCCUGCUGAAGCAAGUAGUGCCAUCAUCUCUCGAGAAACAUUUUAUGCGAACCUAGCUGACGUGAUACGCCAAAGCUAUAGAUCGAGUUUAGGCGUGGAUAUGGUUGGCUUGAACCUUGGGACUCCUAAUUUAUUAUUUGAUCAGAUACACCGUCACCAUUAUGCUAUACUUUGUUUCUCGGCCAUGUAUACGACAGUGUGCGAGUACGCCAACCGAACUGCUCUUAACAUGCUACAGAUGACACCAGGAAAUCUACAAAUUCUCACUGUGGAUAGGUUAUUUUAUGGCUCUGAUUUUUCACUUACUAGUGUGUUCCAGACUAUAAUGCUGCAGGGGUACGUUUUUCUGCCGCCUGGAUGCUUUAUGUCUGCAAUGACUCGUACGGUUUUCUAUGAACAAGCUUUGGUGUUGCAGUUGCAGCCUCCAGAUGGUUCUUUUAAUGGAUUUGCAUUGGUAUUCAUGGAAUUGUCCUUUAUCUAA